AUGGGAAACGACAAAGGAUUCGACGCCAAGAAAUUCGCCCUCGACCUUGUGACCGGUGGAACCUCUGCCGCCGUCAGCAAGACUGUCGUCGCCCCCAUUGAGCGAGUCAAGCUUCUCCUGCAGGUGCAAGAUGCUUCUACCACCAUCGCCGUCGACAAACGCUACAAGGGUAUCAUCGAUAUCUUGGUUCGUGUGCCCAAGGAGCAAGGCUACGCCGCCUUGUGGCGUGGUAACUUGGCCAACGUCAUCCGGUACUUCCCGACACAGGCCUUGAACUUCGCCUUCAAGGACACCUACAAGAAGCUCUUCGUGGAGGGAUACGACAAGAAGAAGGACUUCUGGAAAUUCUUCGCUGGAAACCUUGCAUCUGGAGGAGCCGCUGGAGCUACGUCGCUUUGCUUCGUCUACCCAUUGGACUUUGCUCGUACCCGUUUGGCUGCUGAUGUCGGAAAGGGAGCCACUCGCGAGUUCAACGGACUUGCCGACUGCCUCGUCAAGAUUGCGAAAUCCGAUGGACCAAUUGGACUCUACCGUGGAUUCUUCGUCUCGGUGCAAGGAAUCAUCAUCUACCGUGCCGCCUACUUCGGAAUGUUCGACACUGCCAAGAUGGUCUUCCAAGGAGAUGGUAAGAAGCUCAACUUCUUCAUGACCUGGGGCAUUGCUCAAGUGGUCACUGUCGGAUCUGGAAUCCUCUCAUACCCAUGGGACACCGUUCGUCGUCGCAUGAUGAUGCAGUCUGGUCGCAAGGACGUCCUCUACAAGAACACUUUGGACUGUGCCUUGAAGAUCGUCAAGAACGAGGGAGUCAGUGCCAUGUUCAAGGGAGCCUUGUCCAACGUCUUCCGUGGUACUGGAGGAGCACUCGUGCUUACAUUCUAUGAUGAGAUUCAAGCUAUUCUUGCAAAA